CGCCCGAGCUCCGUCACCGGGAAUCCGAGCUCAACGCGACAACGACGAUGGUCUAUUACCUCUGGCUUUUUGGCCUUCUCGGUCCUUCGGGAACGAGGGAUGGAAUGAACCUGGGAGCGUGCCGGAGCGGUGCCAAAACAUCUGCCACGAGAGGGAAACAGGAAUGGGCGAUGACACGUCAACGCAGGUACGUCCACGUUUCGGCCGGGCCUUUGGGGGGAGGGGGGCGAGAGGACUUUUGACGGGCUCAGAACUAUACGUCGCACAAACAAGACAACGAGCGCACCUGUGCCGGCCCGAAGUGACGAGUGCUGGGUCGCGCUCAGCGCAUGUUCUGCCGCAGGAUCUGUGUCCGGCCGUAGACGCCUCUAGGUCCACCUCGAUCGCGUUGCUGGCCCUGCUCGUAGCAUUACGGUGGAUUCAGGGCGAGGUUGCAAUAUCGGUCAUGUCGUACGACAUUGACCCGAGCGACUCGGGGGAGAAAUAUCGCUUAUACAUAGUAUGGCAUGGGAUGGCACGUACGAGAAAAGAAAAGAAGGGGGAAAAAAACAAGCCAGCCAGACUGACUCAUCACCAGCGCGGCCCAUUCCCCAAGCUCGACUUCUGUCACACACGCGUACACACACGCGUACACACACACCCAUCCCCACCCCCUUCUCCUACCAAAAGCUCAGUAGAGCCCGUCUGUCAGGGUAGUUACCAAGCCUCAUGGAAGCGUCCACGUUUUGCCCAGGAGCAUACGCAUAUUGAGAAGCGAAUCAAAUCUAAGUUGGAGGCUAUAAAAAAUAAAAUACAAAGUGGUGAGGCUGCAGAAUCGAACAAGAAUCGAAUAACGGUGGGGGGAAUAACGAGCGUCUGGGGGACGACAUAGACAGAAAAAAAACAAGAUACAAAACAAGCAGAGGACGUCAUCGUCGAUGCUAAUCCAUGCACGCAUCGCCAUGUAUGCAGAAUGCUUCCCUUAGCCAUCUCCCCAAAUCCCUCUUUUUUUAAUACCCGCAAGACGCCGUAUUCAGCCUUCACAACCAGCGACUCCUGCCCGCGGCGACUCGCGAUCAAAUCGAUCCCCGCGGCGCAUCGAGAGCAACACUCGAGACCCCGAGGACAAGCGCGGAAGACUCUGCAUGGCUGCAGAACGAUGACUGUUGUCCAGAAAGAACGUUGAGAAAGCAAAACAAAUAUGAAGGCCGUAUAUUGCGUAAUCGGAAUGUCUCUGUGUGUGUGUGUGUGUGUGUGUCUGGAUGUGUAUGUGCUUGUGCCCCAAGUCUAAUGUUGUGUCAUAAGUCGAGAUAUAAGCGAGCAGAUUGAGAAGAAAAAAGCUGAAGU